AUGAAAUGCUUUUCUCGAUACCUGCCUUAUAUCUUCAGACCUCCGAACACCAUUCUGUCAUCCAGUUGCCAUACAGAAGCUGACAUUAUCUCUACAGUCGAAUUCAACCCCACUGGAGAAUUACUAGCGACGGGAGACAAGGGGGGUCGGGUGGUAAUAUUUCAGCGAGAGCAAGAGAGUAAAAAUCAGCUUCAUCGCAGGGGUGAAUACAAUGUUUACAGCACAUUCCAGAGCCAUGAAGCUGAGUUUGAUUACCUGAAGAGUUUAGAGAUAGAAGAGAAGAUCAAUAAAAUAAGAUGGCUCCCACAACAGAACGCUGCCUACUUUCUUCUCUCCACUAAUGAUAAAACCGUGAAGCUCUGGAAAGUCAGCGAGCGGGAUAAGAGGCCAGAGGGCUACAACCUGAAAGAUGACAAUGGUCGAAUCCGAGAUCCUGCCACCAUCACAACUCUGCGGGUGCCUGUGCUGAGACCAAUGGAUCUGAUGGUGGAGGCUACCCCCAGGAGAGUAUUUGCCAACGCUCACACCUAUCACAUCAACUCCAUCUCUGUAAACAGUGAUUAUGAAACCUACUUGUCAGCUGAUGACUUGAGGAUAAACUUGUGGAAUUUUGAAAUCACCAAUCAGAGUUUUAAUAUUGUCGACAUCAAGCCUGCGAAUAUGGAGGAGCUGACGGAGGUCAUCACGGCAGCGGAGUUCCAUCCCCAUCACUGCAACACCUUGGUGUACAGCAGCAGUAAAGGAACCAUUCGGCUGUGUGACAUGCGAGCCAACGCCCUGUGUGACCAGCACACCAAAUUUUUUGAAGAACCCGAAGACCCAAGUAACCGGUCGUUUUUUUCGGAGAUCAUCUCUUCCAUCUCGGACGUGAAAUUCAGUCACAGUGGGAGAUAUCUCAUGUCCAGGGAUUAUCUCACUGUCAAAGUGUGGGACAUGAACAUGGAGAACAGGCCCAUUGAGACCUACCAGGUUCAUGAUUAUCUCCGAAGCAAGCUGUGCUCCCUCUACGAAAACGACUGCAUAUUCGACAAAUUUGAGUGCGUGUGGAAUGGUUCCGACAGCGUCAUCAUGACGGGGUCCUACAACAACUUCUUCAGGAUGUUCGACCGCAAUACCAAGCGGGACGUCACCCUGGAGGCCUCGAGGGAAAACAGCAAGCCUCGGGCCAUCCUGAAACCCCGCAAAGUCUGCGUGGGCGGCAAGCGGAGGAAAGACGAGAUUAGCGUGGACAGUCUGGACUUCAGUAAAAAGAUCUUACAUACAGCUUGGCACCCUUCAGAAAACAUCAUAGCCGUGGCAGCUACAAAUAACCUUUACAUAUUCCAGGACAAGGUUAACUAGAAGGACGAGUUACCACUAAUCUCCCGUGUGGAACACUAGUCACCCGCGAGGUUUUAGAUGUUCCUUUUUUAUUGUGUUUUCGUUUCAUUAAUUUCCUUUCUUUAUUUCUAUGCGGAAAACUGUCGGACUAGGGCUCAAGACGUGGAUUCCAAGCCCCCCGCCCCGUGCCCCUUCAACUUUAUAGAGACGACACUGGCAAAUCCAGUAAGUUCAGGACACUUCAGGUUCAGAAUCGAAAGCUGCCAAACAGGGGCCCUUCGUUAGUUGGCUUGGAUUUUGGAUGUUUUUUUGUUUUCUAUCUAGUGGUUCCCAAUAUUUUGUUUCUAGGUGUCUAACGAAAGUCAGUUUUGACUGUAGUGUUUCAAAAACGACCCACAAGACCAGGUGAAGCUUUUGAAAAUUCAAAUUCCACACGAUGGAAAACGGAAAAAUAAAACAUCAUUUAAUUUUGGAGAAAUUCUGUUUGUUUCGUGAAGAAUCAGAAUUGCUUUUCUUCAUCACUUCAGCUUUAAUUUUUUUUUAAUAUUUAAUUUCCUUUUUUUACAAAUUGACUUGCCCCGGAGAUCUCCCCACCGCCCCCCCACCACCCCGGCACACACAUCCGCAAGAUUACACACGGAGUGUAGAAUUGGGAUCGCUGAACUACAGUAAGCAGUUUUAGGUUCUCACGAAAACUUCGUUCACGUGGUUCCAAGCCCCAGAAAAACUGCCGAAGGAUUUGGCCAGUUCCACGGUAUAAUGCUCUUUUGGAAAUGUAAAGUAUCUCGCGAUGACGCUUGCCAAAUGCAGCGAUUACAGAUCCAAAUGUACAUCCUUUCUGUUUCUCUUUUGCUUUUGGUCAUCUGAACCCACUGGGCUAUGGUGGAUCUGACUUUUCCCAAUUUCCACCCUUUAUUUUGUUGCUCGAUUCUGUCUGACUUCUGAAAGAUUAAAGCUACGUUGCGAACUUCUGAGGCUUUCUAAAAGAGAAAAUAACGCUGCGGCGAGCUAGUAACAACGGCUUUCCGAGAGAGCUUUGCACUCCUACCGUCUGAAACCGAUCCCGCGUCUUCCUGGGCCUGUGACCUGAGGGGCUCUCUCGGAUUGUAAUUGGUAAAAAUAACGAAUUCCAAUCUCCUUCUUAUUGGAACGAUGUUGGUCAAUAAAAAGGCAAUUUUAUGAAA